CCCCCACGGGUUCCCAGAGUCCUCCGCGACAGCCAGUAUGGAGGCCGGGAGGACUGCAGUGCUUCGCGUGAAGCGGAAGCGUAGCGCAGAGGCUGUCGAAGCUCUUGUCCUCUCUUGUAAGCGCCUGCGGAGGGGCGGCGUCGAGUCGGUAGCCCAAAAGACACCUCCAGAGGAUGUGGAGAGAGGGCCAGAGAAUAACGUCUUCCAGUUGGUGGCCACCGUGCGCUCCCAGGAGGAGCCAGUCCAGGAGCUCGUUCGAGCCGCCCUGCGCCCUUCCCGGGGCAGCCAGCAGCGUAUCCGCCGAGAACUCCGCGCUUCGGCUCGGGAGAUCCGACAGGAGGGCCGCUACAGGGUGAUUUCUAGCCGCCGAUCCUCAGGAAUUCCAUCGGGUAGCCUAGAGUCCGAAGACGUGCCGGGAAACCCAGAAGCCACCGAGGACGGAAGCUUCCAGCUGUUCGACCUAGUCCACGAGGAAGGAGACCCAGAGACCGACGCCGCCGCCGCCCCCGCCGCCCCCGCCGCAGUCUCCUCCAAAAUCUCUGACCCAGAUGUGAUCCUCUGCAAUUCUAUAGAGUUGAUCCGUGAGCGGUUGGCUGUAUCUGAGGAUGGACCAAGAAUUGGGCACCAGGAGGAACAGAAGGAUGACUAUGUAUAUGACAUUUACUACUUGGAGAUGGCCACUCCAGGAUGGAUUGAGAACAUCCUCUCCGUGCAGCCCUAUAGCCAGGAGUGGGAGCUGGUGAAUGAUGACCGGCAACCAGAAGACAUUUAUGAAGAUGAUGAUGAUGAGAAUAGUGAGAGUAACUGGCGCAAUGAGUACCCAGAGGAGGAGAACAGUGAUGGAGAUGAAGAUUCCAGAGGCUCUGAUGAAUACGACAGCUUCAGUGAAGAGGAAAGAGGCAACAGCAGACCACAGAUGUGGAGCAAAUACCCUUUGGAUGUGCAGAAGGAGUUUGGCUAUGAUAGUCUCCAUGACCUGGAUUCAGACUGAUGAUCCCAUGAGAUUCUAUCACAGGCCCUUGAGGGCUCUAACUGCAGCUUCAGCCACCCUAGUAACAUCCUUGGGUUUCUUAGCUUAACAAGUAGAAGGGAAAAACCCAUGUCCAACAGCACCCUCCUACCAUUGAAAACCUGUGCUAAAGGAGUGUGUCUUUUUCAGUAACAGUAGGGCCCCUUUGCCUCAAUCAAGUGACUCUAUAGUCUGGGGGGAAAAAAUGCUGUACAAAUGAUGCUUCCUGGCCUGGGGAUUUUCCCAUUCUACUCCUACACUAAGGCCAGUAAGUGGAGGAGAGCCUCCUGUUUCCUCAACACUAAGAUUUAGCUUUCUCAUACCACCCGGCCACCUGCCUCCAGUAAAAGCCUUUCUUUGGAUGGAAUCUAGAAGGGCUAUAGUUGGUCCCUUAUAGCAGCAAAGACUGGAUAGUUGUGGCCAUAGAGAUGGAAGUAGAAUCUGCUUGAGCUAUGAGAGGUUUUAAGUUAACAGCUGUCUCUACCACCCUGUUUCCUGACUCUGAUAAUGGUUGUAAAGACUGCUGUCUUCCUUUGGCAGUGGUGCCAGAAAGAACAGGAUAUGUAUGAAUGUGAUACUCUUAUGUUUAAUAAAAACUAACUUUAAAAAUGGGA